UCUGCUCAAAAUUUUUCAACAGUUCAAACCUCAUCUUCAAUUCCUUCUUCUUCACUCUUCUCCCUGCGAGCUUUCACCAUGGCUGCUGCUAAUUACGCUUCUGCCCCUCUUCUCCUCCUCCUCUGUCUCUUCAGCGCCGGUUUCAGGGCUUCCUCCGCCGCUCUGGUUAAGGAGCAACCGCUCGUGUUGAAAUACCAUAACGGUACCCUUCUUAAGGGCACCGUCACCGUUAAUAUUGUCUGGUACGGGAAAUUUACUCCGGCCCAGCGCUCCAUAAUCGUUGAUUUUCUUCAGUCGCUUAAUUCCCUGAAAUCUCCGGCGCCGUCCGCCGCGGGCUGGUGGAAGAUCACCGGGAAGUUCAAGGGCGGUGGCUCCUCCACCGUUGUUGUCGGGAAACAGAUCCUAAUUGAGAACUAUCCUCUCGGGAAGUCUCUUAAGAACUACCAGCUUGCUUACUUGGCUUCCAAGGGUGGAAGCUUGGCCGGCGGCGUUAACCUCGUGCUGACGGCGAAGGACGUUUUCGUGGACGGGUUCUGUAUGAGCCGGUGCGGGACUCACGGGUCGACUCGGGGGAAGACUCGCUCCGCUUACGCCUGGGUCGGUAACUCGGAGACCCAGUGCCCCGGCUACUGCGCCUGGCCGUUCCACCAGCCGAUUUACGGCCCGCAAACGCCGCCGCUUGUCGCGCCCAACGCCGACGUCGGAGUCGACGGUAUGAUCAUCAACAUCGCCACCGUUCUGGCGGGAGCCGUCACCAACCCCUUCAACAACGGCUACUUCCAGGGCCCCGCCACCGCGCCGCUGGAGGCCGUCUCCGCCUGCACGGGGAUAUUCGGGUCCGGGUCUUACCCAGGUUACCCGGGUCAGCUCCUCGUCGAUAAGGCCACCGGCGCCAGCUUCAACGCGUACGGCCUGAACGGGCGCAAGUUCUUGAUUCCGGCCAUGUGGGACCCCCAAAUAUCUGCCUGCGCGCCGCUCGUCUGAUGAUAUGGACAAUCGGUGUCGGAAUCACCUGUGAGCGUGUCUACGGUCUAUACUUCUAUGGAUGCAAAAAGAGAUUUUAGUUUAACAUCUUGGUUUAUGGUUGUGUAUUUCGGUAUAUCUAUGUAUAUUCUCUUUUUUUUUCCCACGAAAAGAAAAAUGUGAAAAUAUUUCAAAA